AUGGCCCCAGCUCAGUGCUGGCCUGGCCUCCCAGGCUGUGGAAAGAGCCCGGAAGGUGAAACGAUGAGCUGAGGAAGGCAGAGAAGGAAUGGCACCAGCAGGGCCCCCUCCGCUCUGUUAAGGCUCACCCAGCAAGCCCAGGGGGACCCCAGGCACUGUCUGAGGAGCGGCAGGAUGGCGGAGAAGGGCAUGGAUCCCGCCUGCGUCUCCAUCGCCCUGGAGGACACCGUGUGCCACGCCGGCCCUCCCGACGCCCCGCUGCUCACCACCCACUUGAAGAAGGUGGAGAACCACAUCACGGAGGCACAGAGGUUUUCCCACCUCCCCAAGCGCUCGGCUGUCAACAUCGAGUUCAUCGACCUGUCCUACUCCGUGCGGGAGGGGUCCUGGUGGAGGAAGAGAGGGUACAAGACUCUCCUGAAAUGCCUGUCAGGGAAGUUCUGCCAGCGGGAGCUCAUCGGGAUCAUGGGCCCCUCGGGAGCUGGGAAAUCCACACUAAUGAACAUCCUGGCUGGCUACAGGGAGACUGGCAUGAAGGGGCAGAUCCUGGUGAACGGGCGGCCACGGGACCUGCGCACCUUCCGCAAGAUGUCCUGCUACAUCAUGCAGGAUGACAUGCUGCUGCCACACCUCACCGUGCUCGAGGCCAUGAUGGUCUCUGCUAACCUGAAGCUGAGCGAGAAGCAGGAGGUGAAGAAGGAGCUGGUGAAUGAGAUCCUGACGGCCCUGGGGCUGCUGGAGUGCUCCUACACCCGCACCAGCUCCCUGUCGGGGGGGCAGCGCAAGCGCCUGGCCAUCGCCCUGGAGCUGGUCAACAACCCGCCCGUCAUGUUCUUCGAUGAGCCCACCAGCGGCCUGGACAGUGCCUCCUGCUUCCAGGUGGUGUCCCUGAUGCGCUCCCUGGCUCAGGGUGGGCGCACCAUCAUCUGCACCAUCCACCAGCCCAGCGCCAAGCUCUUCGAGAUGUUCGACAAGCUCUACAUCCUGAGCCAGGGCCAGUGCAUCUUCAAGGGCGUCGUGACCAACCUCAUCCCCUACCUGAAGGGCCUCGGCCUCCACUGCCCCACUUACCACAACCCCGCUGACUUCAUCAUCGAGGUGGCCUCGGGGGAGUACGGGGACCUCAACCCCGUCCUGUUCCGCGCGGUGCAGAAUGGGAUGUGCACCAUGGCUGAGAAGAAGAGCAGCCCUGACAAGGCAGACUCGUCGUGCCCAACGUGUGGGACGGAUGUGGAUCACAUCGAGAGCCACACGUUUGCCACCAGCACCUCAACUCAGUUCUGCAUCCUCUUCAAGAGAACCUUCAUCUGCAUCCUGCGGGACACGGUGCUGACCCACCUGCGGUUCAUGUCCCACAUCUGCAUCGGGGUGCUCAUCGGGCUGCUCUACCUGCACAUCGGCAACGACGCGGGCAAGGUCUUCAACAACACCGGCUUCCUCUUCUUCUCCAUGCUCUUCCUCAUGUUCGCUGCCCUCAUGCCCACCAUCCUCACCUUCCCCCAGGAGAUGACCGUAUUCCUGAGGGAGCACUUGAACUACUGGUACAGCCUCAAAGCCUAUUACCUGGCAAAGACCAUGGCAGAUGUGCCCUUCCAGGUGAUCUGCCCCAUCGCCUACUGCAGCAUCGUGUACUGGAUGACGGGCCAGCCCCCCGAGGCCACGCGCUUCCUGCUCUUCUCCGCCCUGGCCACCGCCACGGCCCUGGUGGCCCAGUCCCUUGGGCUUCUCAUCGGAGCUGCUUCCACUUCCCUGCAGGUGGCCACCUUUGUGGGACCCGUCACUGCCAUCCCCGUGCUGCUCUUCUCGGGCUUCUUCGUCAGCUUCAAGACCAUCCCCACCUACCUGCAGUGGAGCUCCUACGUCUCCUACGUCAGGUAUGGCUUCGAGGGGGUCAUCCUCACCAUCUACGCCAUGGAGCGCGAGGACCUGGAGUGCCUCGAGGACUUCUGCCCUUUCCAAAAGCCCAUCAAGAUCCUGCAGGAGCUGGACGUGGAGGAGGCCAAGCUCUACCUGGACUUCCUCAUCCUGGGCAUCUUCUUCGUCAUCCUGCGGCUCCUGGCUUACCUGGUGCUCAGGUACAAGGUCAAAUCUGAGAGAUAA